GUAAUCUCCAGGUUAUCUAGAGGGAUUCACACCUCUUGCCGAAGGCAGUUUUUGAUUCCUAUGGUCAUCGAACAGACGGUAUAAAACAUUCUUAUUAACGUAUGAAAGUGCAAAGUUACAUCAUCGAUGUAGGGAUGAUGGAUAUAUAGUCACACAAAAGGGGGUAAAUAACAUAACCACAUUUUCUGUGGGAUACAGAACAAAAACAGUACCAUUUCUGAUGGCUUCUAAGAAUAAAUGUUAAUUUUAUUAGGGGAACUCUAGGCAGGAAUAAUUUUCUGAAGGGCUCGGGAAAAACUCCUCAUCAGUGGAGGUACGGGUAAGGAGGGGUCGAAAAAUUAAGUGCAACGACCCUAGGAGAUGAUAGAAUUUGGAUCUAUGUGACUGCGUGAUGCAGUUCAAAACCCACAUUUGAUUUCACCCUUGCACACCAUUGAGUCUCCAGUAGUUCAGUGGUCAGAGCGACUGGCUAGAUCACAGGGAGUCGUAAGUUCAAAUCACGUCGAAGGUUUGGUUUUUCCCCCUUGUUUCCAUUUGAUGCAAAAAUGUAUCAUGUUGGUGUACUUCUACAAACGACUCGCUUGGUGGUUGGAUGGUUGCAUCUAUGAUAUGCCGUAAUGUGACUGUGUUAUGAGUCAUAUGUACUUGUACUGAUUUGACGAUGUGACUGCUUGUUAUAGUUCUAGUCAAAGACUGACAUUUCACCCUUGCUGGUCCUCGAGAGUGCAGUAGCUCAGUGGUUCGAGCAUCCAACUAGAUCAUGGAAGGUCAUGGGUUCGAAUCCCAUCUGGGGCUCAAAUUUAUUUUCCAAGUGUCUAUUUGGUGCAAAAAUGUAAUUAUCAUGUUGUUAUAAAUAUCAUUCGUAUUCUAAAUUUAAUACAUUCUUCUUUCCAGGGCAGAGGUGAAAGAGCAUAUGACAUUUUUUCUCGUCUUCUUAAAGAGCGGAUAGUGUGUGUCAUGGGGCCUGUAAGUAACUUAGUUAAGGCCAUUCUCUGCUAUUUUCUGGCGUGGAGGGUGCUGGAAUGUCACUAUCUUUCCUUGAAGCAAGCAUUGGGUGAUCCCACAAACCUUCUCAGGAUUGCUUAUGUUUAAAAGUUUUGUUUACUCUUGUAGACAUAAGGACAAAGUAGAUGCCCAACAGCAAAACAACUGAUCAGAUGAAAAUAUGUCUGGAAUGUCGAUUUUGUUGCACAUAAUCUUUUAAUCUUUUUGGGGAUAUUAUUUUACAGAUAACAGAUGAAACGUCUAGCCUUGUAGUGGCUCAGCUUCUCUUUUUACAGUCAGAGAAUGGUCGCACUCCUGUCCAUAUGUACAUCAACAGUCCAGGUACGAAUGACACAGAAGUAACCAAUUUCCUAAUGUGUUAACUUGCCUUCUGACUUGGUGGGCAAAUUACUGAUCUUUCCUUACCAUCUUUUUCUUAAUUAACUCAACAGGUGGCUCUGUCACAGCAGGCUUGGCUAUUUAUGAUACAAUGCAGGUUGGCAUCUUACAUAAUUAUAUUAUGAUUCUCUUAAGCUACCAUGCAAAGACUUGAAAAGUGUCUCCUAUUUUAGUUUCAAUUCAUUUGGUACAAAGUACCUUAGCGAUAACAAUGUUUUUAUGUUCCCUGUUGGUGAUGGAAUUACCAUUUCAUCAUGGUCAUCCAAGCCACAGAUAGGUGUAAUCUUUUACCACUGGAACAGCCAGUUGCCGCUAAUUAUUGGCCUUAGCCUGUACACAGACGUUUUGUUUUUCUUUUCGUUCAUUUCGAUGAACGAGCAAGGAGCACGAGAAAGAUAAUAUAUAUUUUCUUCUUCCCCCAGCACUACCCCCUUGCACUGGCGGUCAGUAAAUCCCCCUCAGUUUAUAUUUUAUCAUGGGUGCUCAACGGACAUUGACGAGAAAAUAGAUGGUCUGUGAACAGGCUAUAUUGGCCUGGACCUUUGACAUUUCACACCAAUGUUCUAUUAACUGAACUAGCCUGCUUUUGUUACAACAACAAUCUGUGUGGGACUGAGGAAAUUUGUGCCUAAUAUCCACUUGAAAAGUGAACUACACUGGUUAUAUAACAGUAGGUAUUUACUAGCAGUAAUAUUGCUGUGAUUCCUUUUUUAGUACAUUCAGCCUCCUAUCUCUACAUGGUGUAUAGGACAGGCCUGUAGCAUGGGAUCACUGUUGCUAACAGCUGGUACUCCAGGUCUUAGGCACUGCUUACCUAAUUCCAGGGUGAUGGUGCAUCAACCACAUGGUGGAGCUCGGGUAAGAAUCUCAGAUUCCUGA